AUGAACAGCGGCCCAACAUUCACGACCAUUUCAUCCCAAAGCCUAGAACAUAUGCGUAUUCUCAUUAUGGGUGGUCUUCGUGGCCUCGCUGCUGCUGUUCCCUUGUUACGGACGGCCACAUGCUCAAUUGAGUACUCUCUAAUUCAGCCGUUCCUCUCCUCCAAGCUCUCUGUGUCGAUGGUCUUCAAUAAACGAGCCAGUCCUUCACUCAAAGGCGGUGGACUCGUGAUUCGCCCCAAUGCCUUCCGCAGUCUACAGUCCCGGGGACUGGGAGACGCUAUCGAGCAAUUUGCGGACAGACGCCUUCCAUUCGAGAUACACGACCUAAAGAAAGAAAAUCAGAAGACGCGAAAGCGGCCCCAGGCCCUCCGUAAAAAGAUGCAAGACAUCUAUUAG